AGAAGCAGGAUUUAUACAGACUCUAAUCCUCUAGAGCUCUCUUUGUGGCUUGUCUUUUACUGGUUUUCUUUACCUGUUCAACUUUCUUUCUGGUUUCCAGAAGCUGAGAACUGUUUAUUAAGAGGAGGAACACAGACAUGAUAUCCCUUGAUCAGCUGAUCAUGGAUCAUUCUAACUACUCUAAGGAUAGAGAUAUCAAUGAGGUGUGGGUUCCAGGCAUGGCACCUGAUGGGCCUCCAUGGUGUAAAAGGCCACAAGAGACAAACAAGGAGAAGUAUGGAAUAGAGAAUAAUUCAGAUUUUACCAGUGCAUAUAGCAAUCUGCAGAACAUUCUUAUUAAUGCUAGCCUGCCAGAGACUGAGGACAGAACCAAACAUCCCCGUACAGGUCAUACUGCAGAUACUACAACAAUUUGUGUACUGGGGGAUCCUAGCUUUGCCAUGUCUGUCCUGCUGGAGGGAGCCAGACAAUGUCCUGGCAAUAUACUACUCUGCCUCUCCCCUUCUUGUUUUCACUCUCGUCCUGAAAACUCAGGUCUCCCUUCCCCUCUAUUUGUUAGACAGGCUGUGAGUUUUGAUCUUGGUGGACGCACCUUUUUGGACAAUUUUUACCCACCUCGAAGAGUCACAUACCUAUUCUGGUUAGGAGGAGAACAAAUACUGUUGGAGGGAGAUAUUGAAUGUCCAAUGGGUGGGUCACCCCAGCUCUCAUGCUUCCUUGCUGAUACACUGGGUAUCCGGCUUUUGCUGGAUUCUCAGGAACUUCCACUGCCUCCUGCACUGAUUCUUACACCUUUUUACCAGCAAGGAUUGUGGGAACCGCUGAAUGGGGAAGGGAAAACCACACGGAUGGUAAAACUGGAUAGGGAGGAAGGUUGGGAAGAGAAAGUGAAAAAGGAUAUAUCGGAAUUCUUGGCUUUUUUGAAAACAAGAUUAUACCAGAAGGUAGUAAUUAAGGUCCGUGGCCCCCCUUGGAGAGAAUCCUUCGCCACAGAUUUCUACCCUUGUGAUCCAGUUCCAGUUUUAGAAACUGUGCUGAGACUUGUGGGAAUGCUCCAUGAAGGACAAGCAAUUCUACUAGAGGGGUUUAUACACACAAUGUCUCCACGCAGGGUUCAUCCACUACAAUCUCCUCCCAUCAUACCACGCUGCUCCGUCCGUCCCCCAGAGCUGGCGAUUCAUCUCUGUGCCGUUGUCUGCCGAUCACGCGGAGACCAACCAAUCCUCAGCAAGGUUGUAUGCACCAUUGGCCGGGCAGAAAAGCCUCUUCAUCAUCGAUUUGCCCUACCUCAGUCACUGGAAACUACUCUUGAACUCUGGGGAAUCACAGAUAAGAGUCAAAAAGAAGACAUCUGGGUUCAAGUAAAAAACGUAGCAGAGCAAACAAUGAGAGUAGUAAUAGAUGCAGAAAAAAAAAUGACAUCUGAAGAACGGGGAGGAUGGAAGGCACAAACUGACAUAUUGGGUGUGGAUUUCCUGCUCACAGUAGUAGAUUAUACUGUCACCCCUGUCAUCAUUGGUGUAACAGCAGACCUUUGCUUAGAAACAUGUGGAAUCCAGGAGUGUCUUCUAGGAUAUCUAGCAGCAAGUGGGCCCAUCCCUCUAAAUUCUGCAACAGGACCUUUAGUGGAGACAAUGCUUCGACGUUCCAUGAGUUAUGUGAUGGAAGAGAAAGAAGUGCUGGUGAUUGGAGCUGGGGGCAUUAGCAAAAAAUUCAUAUGGGAGGCUGCUCGAAACUAUGGGAUUAAGAUCCAUCUGGUUGAGUCUGAUCCUGGACAUUUUGCCUCCUCUCUUGUGUCAUCGUUUAUCCAUUAUGACUUUGAAGACCACUCUCUUGAUGAAAUCCAUGCCCAAAAUGUUUUGUCUAUUAUCAGAGGAAAAGGUCUGCAACUCUCAGGUUGCAUGGCAUUCUGGGAUGAGUGUACAAUCUUAGCUGCUUUACUAAGUAACUUAUUGGAACUUCCUGGUCCACCACCUAGUGCUGUUCGACUAGCAAAACUUAAGACACAGACACAACUUCGCCUCCUUUCUUUAAGUUCACCAUCUCCCCCUUUCCCUUAUCCUGGGGCAUUUGCCGUGCCAUGUUUUUCCUUGGGUCCUGAGGCAGGUGGUUUAAAAGCUGCGGAGUCAAGUCUUUCAUAUCCUCUUGUAGUAAAACCAGAAUCUGGAGCAGGGGCUGUUGGUGUAAGGCUUGUUCAGAAUGGGGAAGAAUGUAGGACAUUGAUAAGAAAAAUGGGUACAGGUACAGGAACCUGCAAUCCAUGUGAAGGGGUAAGCAGUAAUACAGGAAACAAUGAAACAUGUCAGAUUCUAGAGAGUUGCAAGGCAAAAGGGUUAGCUCAUGGCUCAGAACUGGGAGGGUCUUGUAAAUGGGAAGUAGAAGAAACUCUACAGCAAGGAAUGAGUAGAUAUGGCAAAGUGGAGAAUAAAGUCUCCCUUGCUCAAUUAGGAGGAGGAGGCACACAGUCCUCUCCCCACCUACUCCUUGCAGAAUACAUAACAGGCUCUGAGCAUGAUGUAGAUCUGGUUCUAGGUCCUAAUGGAAGGCUUCUGGCUGCAUAUGUGUCAGAUAAUGGGCCAACCCUACUUCCAGGUUUUACUGAAACUGCUGCUGCUCUGCCAUCACGCUUAGGCCAUGAACAACGCUGUCAACUUGUACAAGCUGCUGCACGCUGCUGUAGGGCACUAGGAUUGUUCCCUGGUGUAUUUAAUGUAGAAUUAAAAUUUACUGAAUGUGGACCACGACUGCUGGAAAUUAAUCCACGUAUGGGUGGUUUUUACCUAAGGGACUGGAUUCAGCGUGUUUAUGGCACAGAUCUGGUAAUGGUAGCUCUAGCACUGUCAUGUGGGAUAGAGCCAGCGCUACCUGCAUGUGGUGCACGUGAAAGUGCAGUACUUGUUGGGGUAAUGUGCACAGGUGAAAGACAUGAGGAAGCUUUACGUAGUACAGCAAGACCAGAAAGACUGACAGAGCUGCAUGAUGCUGGACUCAUUCGUUUUAACCGCCUUGAAGGUGGUCCUGAACGAGGUCCUGAUCAAGAGCCAUAUGGGAAUGUGGCCUGUGAGGGAGCAAGGCAAAAGGAGGCUAGGGAAAGGCUGUUGGGGGUUUGUGCUGUGCUGGGACUGGAUACUGAGGAGUAUCCAAUUAAGUAUUUAACAGGAGAAUUCCAAUGAACAGAAAAAUAUAUAAGUGUGAGUUCAGGGGAGAUGAAUGAAUUUAUGGUGAAUACAAAUAUAAGAAAGUUUAGAAACAACAGAGGAGGUGGUGGCAUGAUAGGCUAGUCAGAUGACUUCCUUAGGAUACAUGGGCAUAUAAGUGGAGAAAAAGAUAGUUGUAAAAAUUGUAAUGAUGUUCUUUUCUGCAGUACUCUCUCUAUCUUACUGCACUUGAAACAGUAGUAUGGUUGGUAGUUUUUACUGAUUCUAAUAAAGCUUUACUGUCUAGUAACAAUGUGGAUACUUAAAACUGAACUUUGUGCCUCCUGGACCUCCCUGCAAUCGAAGAAUUUGCUUCAGCUUCUUCUAUAUUUAUAUGUGUUUAUAGUUGUCUGAGUUUUUGUGCAUGUGUUUAAAUGCUAUAUGUAUUUAGCAUUAAUAAUCCACAAUGAAUGUAUGUAUAAUUUUUUACUGAUAUAGAGUUAUUUGUACAUGCAGUAAUGCACAUUUACAAGAAAUAUAUUGAACAGAUGGGAAGAAGUAUACAAUAUGCAAAAAUAGAUGUACACUUACAUCAAAUUAGAAAUGCAAUAGGAUUCUCUAGUGAGAAUCCUGCUUAGCAUUGCUAUAUCAGUCAUCUUGGUGUUAUCUAAAAAUGGGUAUUACUGUAAUGGCACAUUAUAUUUAAUGUGCACAAAGGCAUAGGGAGUUAAGAGCUACUAUAAAGUGUUUGCCUGACUGUCAGUCUCAAUAAAUGGCUUCCAAGGAAACAGUAUAAUCAUCAUACUGGGUUCAGGGUGGAUGUUCACAUGAGGCCAGUAUUUUACCUGUACUUGUGAACACUUUCUUUUUCUUUAAGAACUACCUUGAGCUGAGCUAAAUAGGCAUAACUUGAAGGAUACUUCCAUAGAUUAAUAGGGUUCUCUAACACCAACAUGAUACAAGCAAUAAGCAGUUGUGGAUUUAAAAUAUAGGGGCUCAUUUACAUCUGCAGAAAAGCAAAGUGCAAUUUUGACUAUAAAUGCAAUUGGCAUCA